AGCUUGAUGCCCUGGAUUCCAACGAUGAGUUGACACCUCUUGGAAGAAUCCUGGCCAAGCUUCCCAUUGAACCUCGUCUGGGCAAGAUGAUGAUCAUGGGCUGCAUCUUUUAUGUGGGAGAUGCUGUUUGCACCAUCUCUGCAGCCACUUGUUUCCCUGAGCCUUUCAUCAACGAAGGCAAACGCCUGGGAUAUGUCCACAGGAACUUUGCUGGGACCAGGUACUCCGAUCAUGUGGCCUUGCUCUCUGUCUUCCAGGCCUGGGAUGAUGCAAGGAUGGGUGGGGAAGAAGCAGAGAAAAGGUUUUGUGAACACAAAAGGCUCAGCAUGGCCACUCUUAGAAUGACUUGGGAAGCAAAAGUCCAGCUGAAAGACAUACUUACUAGUUCUGGCUUCCCUGAAGAGUGUUUGAUGAUUCAGCCGUUCAACAACACUGGCCCAGACAAUAACCUGGAUGUUGUCAUCUCCCUGCUUGCCUUUGGGGUCUACCCCAACGUCUGCUACCACAAGGAGAAGAGAAAAAUUCUUACCACUGAGGGGCACAGUGCUCUCAUCCACAAAUCCUCUGUCAACUGCCCUUUCAGCAGCCAAGACAUCAAGUAUCCGUCACCCUUCUUCGUGUUUGGAGAGAAGAUUCGGACACGAGCCAUCUCUGCCAAAACCAUGACCUUGGUGAGCCCACUGCAGCUGCUGCUCUUUGCCUCCAAGAAAGUCCUGUCAGAUGGGGAGCUCAUCCUGGUGGAUGACUGGAUCAAGCUGAAGAUGUCACACACGGCGGCUGCCUGCAUCACGGCUCUGCGUGCUGCCGUGGAGGCUCUGGUGGUGGAGGUGUCCAAGGACCCUGGGAUCAUCCAGCAGCUGGAGCCAGUGCACGAGCGGAUGCUGAACGUGAUCCGACAGCUGUCCCGGCCCGGCGCCGCAGGCAUGGCAUUGCUGCCAGCCAGCCCCAGGUUCGGGGACGGCCCUCGCCCCCCCAAAAUGGCUCGGUACGACAACGGGGGCAGCCCCAGGG